AUGGGAGCGACGGCCGAAAAAGCGUACUGCAAAGAGGAAGAAUGUGGGAAGUGCAAAGAAAACCCUCGUUUCCGCACAAUGCAUGUCGCAAAAUCCACUCCGGCCGACCUCCCGGAAGGGCGGGCGCACACUUGCGGGCAACCAGUUUGCGGGCAAAUCUUUUGCGGGCAGCCACUUUGCGGGCAGCCGACAUUUGCGGCCAGCACCGGCAUUUGCGGGCAGCCUGGGACAUUUGCGGGCAGGGUCGACAGUUGCGGGCAGCCUGGAAGAUUUGCGGGCAGCCGACAUUUGCGGGCAACCGACACCUGA